AUGUCCUUGAAUUUCUCCAUCGACCGACUCGUGGACACAGCGAAGAGUGAGCCGUCAUCUUCACAAGAGGAGCGAACUGCUCCAAUUGCACAGACACUCUCGUAUUUCGACGUCUUACUACCUCAUGUACAAGUCCGUUUCAUGGCCCCAUUUCCUGAUCUCACCGUCAAUGCACAGAUGGCAUACGCAAAUCCGUUUUUGGCAGGAUUGUCGGACGCACCGCAAAGUCACAGUCGCCUCUUGGUCGCAGCAAUGGGUCGAACUGCUUCAACAAGCCAAUUCUUCUCAAUUCGAGCUGGAAGUAUGGUGGUUGACAAAGUGGACGACUGCAUCAUAGUGAAGAACCGCCCGUAUGGAAAAGCGAAUACUGAGUCCACUUUUUGA